AUGAUUUCGUAUAAGGCUUUAAGCCUGCUCUUUUUGUUACUAGUAGUCACUCCUUCCGAAUCAAGUCUUGCGGAGACGAAGCUUUUCGCUGAUCUGUUAACAGGAUAUAAUCCUUUGGAAAGACCGGUGGAGAAUGCUACCCAGCCUUUGGUUGUUAAAAUUAAAUUAUUUCUACAACAAAUUCUUGAUGUAGACGAGAAGAACCAGCUUGUGAGUAUUAAUGCCUGGCUCAGUUACACUUGGAGAGAUUAUAAGCUAGGAUGGGAUCCUAAACACUAUGAUGGGAUCAAAGACAUUCGGUUCCCUGGCGCUACUGAUCAUAUUUGGAAGCCAGAUAUUCUCCUCUACAAUAGUGCUGCUGAGGACUUCGAUUCGACGUUCAAAAGCAACCUUGUUGUUUACAAUACAGGAGAUGUUACAUGGAUUCCACCGGGCGUUCUCAAAUUUGUUUGUCAACUUGAUGUGACGUGGUUUCCUUUCGAUGAUCAAAUAUGCGAACUGAAAUUUGGCUCCUGGACAUUUCAUGGAUUUGCGAUUGAUUUACAAAUCGAUACUACUGAAUCUAAUGCGACUCAUUCAAUGGACAUGUCUACCUAUGUAGUGAAUGGAGAAUGGAUUGUUAUUGGUUCUCCAGCUGUUCGUCACGUUAACUAUUAUAAAUGCUGCCCCGAGCCUUAUCCAACUGUUAAAUACUUUCUUCACCUACGAAGACGAACUCUCUUCUAUGGAUUCAAUUUGAUUAUUCCGUCACUGCUGAUCUCAUUAAUGACUGUACUUGGAUUUACUUUACCACCCGAUGCUGGUGAGAAAAUCACCCUCGAAGUAACUAUUUUAUUGGCAAUCGUGUUCUUUCUCAGCAUGGUCUCAGAGAUGACUCCUCCAACUUCUGAUGCUGUUCCAUUGAUUGGAGUUUUCUUCUCAUGUUGUAUGCUUGUUAUAUCGGCUUCAGUAGUUUUCACCGUUGUUGUUCUUAAUCUACAUUUUCGUACUCCAGACACUCAUCAGAUGAGUCCACUAGUUCGACGAAUUCUUCUGGAAUGGCUGCCAUGGAUUUUGUUCAUGUCAAGGCCUCACCAUCAAUAUAGGAAAGGUGUAUCGUAUGAUAAAAGACCGCGUCCACCCAGAGAGCUGAAACAUCCUUUAUCACCAGAUUUACCUAGUCAUCAUCCAGCUUAUGAAGCGCAAGUACUACUGUUGCAUGCUGUAUACAAAGAACUGAAACAAAUAUGCAAUCAACUGGACAAAGAAGAACGUGAAGAAUUGAUCCAGAAUGAUUGGAGAUUCGCUGCCAUGGCUAUCGACAGGGCUUGCAUGAUCAUGUUUACUGUCUUCAUAGUUGUUUCUAUUUUGGCCAUUAUGAUGUCAGCACCUCAUCUAAUAGCUUAA